AUGGCUGAAAUCGAAUCGAUCUCAGAUGUCCAAGGAUCUAACCAAGAAGAUGCGAUGAAGAUGAAGUCGUUCACCCUGAAGAUGAAGGAGGAGGAUUCAGUGAUGAGCCACAUCGCUGAAUUCAAGAAGAUCGUCGCCGACCUAGUGUCGAUGGAGGUGAAGUAUGAUGAUGAGGACUUAGGUCUUUUACUGCUAUGUUCUUUGCUAAAUUCGUAUGCAAAUUUUCGUGACACCAUACUUUUGAGCCGUGAUGAACUAACCCUAAAGGAAGUUUAUGAGGCUCUCCAGUCUAGGGAGAAGAUGAGAGGCAUGGUGCAGAAUGACGGGACGUCGUCCUCCAAGGACGAUGCUUUGCAUGUGAGAGGCAGAACGGAAAACAGAUCCUCCAAUGAUGGCAAUGAUGGAAGAAAGAACUACGAAAGGAGAGGCCGUUCAAAGUCCAAGCCGCAUGGUAAUAAAAAGUUCUGUGUUUAUUGCAAGCUAACAAAUCAUAAUGUUGAGGAUUGCAGAAAAGUACAGAAUAAGGAGAAGAGGAAAAACAAGUCGGCUGGAAGACUUUUUAUGAGCGUAAGUGUUGUUUUCAAUGAAUCUGUGAUGUUUAUUGACGGUUGCCCUCGCAUCAUGUUCCGUAAAAAGAGCUACAACAGACAUGCGCAUGCGGUGUGGAGCAUGUUGAUGAUGAUACAAAAAGCGUGUGGAGCUGUUGAUGAGCAUGGUGACCAUGAUAAUGAUGUUGCCGAGGAUGAUGCUCAUGAUGAUGUUCAAAGAAACUCCUCCUAUUUUGCGCUUAGAGGAGGAUUUACCUAUUGCUCAACGCAGAAGUCAAAAAAGACAAUUGCACCUCCUAAGCGCCUUAUUGAAGAGUGUAAUUUGUCUUACUAUGCUUUUGAGUUGUGCCAACAGUGGAGAAUGUUCAUGAGCCAAAGAACCUAUAAAGAAGCUAUUUGUUGUGGUGAUACUUGA